CUGCAUGCGCAUUUCAACAAGACCACGUCUCCUUCCGCUUCUCCGCGUCCCGCGUCCCCGCCCUCUGCUGCUGCUGGUUCUCCUGGCCAGUUAGAUGCGCUUGAGCUGCAGGAACUAUGCCAGAAGCUUUCUGUGGAACAGCUGCAGGAUGUCUGCAAAGCCAUCUUUGCUGCUGCAGACCUUCAUGUACGACCCCACGUGCAGGGCUACCACAAGACCCUUACUUAUGCUUGCGAACGCUUCGAGGAUAUAUGUGCACAUCUGCUGCAGAUACCUGUGGCGGACGAGCAGGGAGCUCCGGCGGCGCUGCCCGAACUCCCGAUUUCGGAGAAUCUCCGUGUGGGCGUCGCACACAUCUUUCUAAAAUAUUUUCAGGAAGCGAAGGAGGCAGAGAAGGCGCACGAGAAAGAAGCUGCGCUCGAGGCAGAACGACGGCAGAUGGAAAGGAAAGCGCAGGAAGAGGCCAGGCGACUCGCGCGGCAAGGCAGUUGGACGCCCGAUGAGAUGUCCUUGCUGGCGAAGGGCCUGCAGAAGUUUCCAGGAGGAACUGCUCGGCGGUGGAAGCUCAUUGCUGAUCUGGUGGGGACGAAGACGCAAGAGGAGGUUGUGGAGAAGACGAAAGAAUUGUCCGAAGGCAUGAGUCUGAAGUCAAUGGGAGCGAAAAUUAGUCAGCGUGUGGCGCUGAUUGUAAGCUUUCGUGCCGGGAACGUCUGCUGCGCGCUGCUGAGGGGCGUGCGGCAGAGCGUGCUCGAGGAAGCUUUCAAUCAGUUUAGGAUACACAACCAGGGAGCGUUCAAAAAGAUAGAGACUAAUCCGGACAUGAAGGACGUCGGGGACGUGCCGGCGGCGGCGACAGCCAGUGAGAAGAGCAGCUCGCAAGCUGCUGAUACAGAUUCAGCGGCGUGGACCCCUGCCCAGCAACUGUGCGCGUCUUUGUGUAUCGUGAGCGCGGAGCUGCGCGGUGGGGCGUUCGACUGGUUGCACACGCUACAACUUUACAUCAGGCGACGUAACUGCGCCGCCGCACUCACGUCUACCAGCAACCGUCCGCGCGAGACGCAGGUGCAUCGUGCCUGCUCAAGUAUUCGAGCUUCGUGGGGGUACGUGCGAAAUGCGCAGGUGCGUGUCGUGCCCACAUUCGAGCGGCGAUUCUCCAAGCGAAGAAAGGUGAAACGUCAACAACGCUUUGAAAGGGCCUGCCGCCUCCCCAAGGGCGCCUUAUUCCUUUCUGCACAGCCACGUCUCUUCCGUGAGAUAUCGCGUGCGCAUGCGUAA